AAGAUGCUGGUUGUCCUGGGAGUGCUCACCUCUUUCCUUUCUGUUUUGUAUGUGACAGCUCCAUCUAUCAGGAAGUUCUUUGCUGGUGGAGUCUGUCAGACAAACACGCAGCUUCCUGGGAAGGUGGUGGUGAUCACUGGCGCCAACACAGGCAUCGGCAAGGAGACUGCCCGAGAGCUCGCUCGCCGAGGAGCCCGAGUGUACAUUGCCUGCCGAGACAUCCUGAAGGGGGAGUCUGCUGCCAGUGAAAUCCGAGCAGAUACCAAGAACUCCCAAGUGCUGGUGCGGAAACUGGACCUCUCUGACACCAGAUCCAUCCGUGCCUUUGCUGAAGGCUUUCUGGCAGAGGAAAAACAGCUCCACAUUCUGAUAAACAACGCGGGGGUGAUGCUGUGUCCAUACUCCAAGACGGCCGAUGGUUUUGAAACCCACUUGGGAGUCAAUCAUCUGGGUCACUUCCUUCUCACGCACCUGCUCCUGCAGCGGCUGAAGGAGUCUGCUCCUGCCCGGGUGGUGAACCUGGCAUCAGUGGCCCACCAUGCUGGCAAGAUCCGAUUCCAUGACCUCCAGAGUGACAAGUAUUACUGCAGUGGCUUUGCUUAUUGCCAAAGCAAGCUGGCCAACGUGCUUUUCACCCGUGAGCUGGCCAAGAGGCUCCAAGGCACGGGAGUCACCACCUACGCGGUGCACCCAGGCAUCGUCAGCUCCGAGCUGGUGCGUCAUUCCUUCUUGCUGUGCCUGCUCUGGCGGCUUUUCUCUGUCUUUGUCAAGUCGGCCCGAGAAGGGGCCCAGACCAGUCUGCACUGCGCCCUGGCUGAGGACCUGGAGCCCCUGAGCGGCAAGUACUUCAGUGACUGCAAGAGGACCUGGGUGUCUUCAAGUGCCCGAAAUAACAAAAUAGCUGAGCGCCUGUGGGAUGUGAGCUGCGAACUUCUAGGCAUCCAGUGGGAGUAA